AUGGAUGCUGUGUUCACCUUUUCGUUGAUUGCCGUUCUGCUUGCUGCCAACCCGGUGUGUCACGCCCUCAGACCUCCGGUAUUCCUGGGGCGCCAUGAUGGUGGAUUUCUGGGGAAUCCGGUUGCAUCUGAGAAGACUGGAGCGGUUCCACCGGAUCAGUAUUUUUCACAAAAGCUUGACCAUUUCAACUACAUCGAUGAUUCGUCCUGGCAACAGCGCUAUUUUAUAAGCACCCAGUAUUACCAGGAUAAUGGUCCUGUCUUUCUGAUGCUGGGGGGAGAGGCAGAGGCUAACCCUCAAUGGAUGGUCCAGGGGCAGUGGAUCAAUUAUGCUGCUUCUUACAACGCUCUAAUACUUAUGCUGGAACAUCGCUACUACGGAAAAAGUCGACCAACGAGUGAUCUGAGUACAGACAAUCUACAAUACUUAAGCGUGGAUCAAGCUCUCGCAGACGUGGCUAGCUUCAGACAAUUCAUGUGCGAUCAGAUGCCGGAGCUAAACACGACAAAGUGGAUCGUGUUCGGCGGAUCAUAUUCAGGUUCCCUAGCGGCCUGGUACCGCCUUAAAUAUCCUCAUCUGGUGGAUGGGGCCGUGGCUUCCUCGGCUCCGAUGUACGCCAUAAUGAACUUUCAGGAUCUGUUGGUGGCAGCAACUCAGUCCAUCUAUGCCACUCAAUCAAGCUGGUACAACGGCUGGUUUUGCUGGAGCGGGUUUAUGAACGGUACAAGCAUAAUCAACGGCAUGGUUUCAUAUGAAACAAAGAAAGCGGAACAGCUGUUAAAAGUUUGUGACAAAAUUGAUCCUAAAAAUAUGGAUGACGUCUCCAACCUGUUUUCUGUGCUGGCGAGCCUCGUUGAGACUGUCGUACAGUACAGUAACGACAACAGACAGUUUGAGGGAGCUCUCGGUACGGAUAUCAACAUAGAGAAGAUGUGUAAAGUGCUGACGGAUUUUUCUCCCGGAAAGACCUUGACUGACACGUUCGGAGACGUAGUUAAAAUGUUACUCAAGGCAUACAACGAACCCUGUCUGGAUUUCAAAUACACUAAAAUGAUUGACCGACUGAAACAAGUGGACUGGAGCAGUGAGAGUGCCGGCGGAGAUAGACAGUGGAUGUUCCAGACCUGCACGGAGUUUGGUUUUUAUCAAACCUCUGAUUCUUACGCGCAGCCAUUUGGGAACGACUUCCCCUUAAGCUUUUUCUUACAGCAGUGCUCGGAUGUCUUUGGAUCAAAGUUCACUGAAACUUUGUUGAAAAGGGGCGUGGAACGGACAAAUCUUAACUACGGAGGCAUCUUUUUCAAAGGAUCUAAAGUGAUUUUUCCGAACGGAUCAUUAGACCCGUGGCAUACUAUCAGUAUCACGAUGAAUUCUCCCAAUAUGGACGAUAUAACUCCAAUAUUCAUCAACGGUACUGCCCACUGUGCGGACAUGUAUCCCAGCUCGCCUAAGGAUCUCCCACAGCUUGUGGACGCCCGCCAAAUGAUUCAGAAGACGAUUGGACGGUGGCUGGAAGAAGACUAAACAUUGUCAUGUGGAUUGAUCAUAUUAUUAUAGCAGAUGAAAUAUCUGUCUCACAAAGUCUCAAUACUCAUUAUUACCCAGACAGAUGAUUAAUUAUGUUGGCCUCGGACUCGUUUGGUGACAGAGAUAAAUAGCGCCAGGGAGCACAUCACAGUGUAUCAUAUUCAGUAGUCUAGUCUUAAAUAGUCAGUAGUCUAGUCUGCAUAAUCAAAAGUUUUCGUCUGUGUAGUCUGUAGUCUCGUCCGCAGAGUCAGUAGUCUAGCAAACCCGAACAAUAGUGAGAAUGUUUUUAUAGUGAGUCACCGAAAGUCUAGCAUACCGAGAAAAGAAUGAAAAUGGUGUUUUAUGUUGUAUGGUGAAAUAUUAUUUAAAUGGCCUUCGUGUAUUGUAUAAUAAGGUAUAAUGUAUAUAUCACUACACAAUGGUUUUAUAAAGUAUUGUUUCUGUCCGUUACAUUACUAGUAUACCUUAAACUUCAAAUUUUGUUACGCGUAAAAAAUAUUUAUUUAGUUGAUUGGUGUUUUGCGCCAUACUCAAGAACAUUUCACUUAUACCACGAUGAAAAAAUAAAUCUUGCUUUUCCUUUUUGUAUGUUACCCAUGUCAUGAGUUAUCAUAGAUACAUAUGCUCUCUCUUGUAAAAUACCUACCGGUCCGGAUAGCACAGUUGGUAGAGCAUCCGCUUCAGGACCGGUAGAUCCAGGAUCAAUCCUUGACCGAGUCACACCUAAGACUUUAAAAGAGGAAGUUGCCAUUUCUUCGCUUGGCGUUCAGCAUGAAGGGGAUAGUGCAACGACUCGUUAACCCCGUAUCAGUAUAAUGGCUCGGGCGGGGCGACUUACUUACCUUCGGUAAGUCGUCUCAGUGAAGCAGCACUAAAUAAAA